UCGACGCAGGUCUCCCAUGACAUCUCAAAAAGUAGUGGUAGAAAAAAAUCUAACAAAACUAAUUUUUUACAUAGUGAACAAAAAAACUUAAUUUUUAUUAAUUAUUCGUGAAAAAAUUGGAUAAAAACAAUUUAUUAAGUGAAGUUUGCAAUAUAUACCAAAGUUUGGCUAUAAAAACAUUAUCAAAUAAGGGCAACCUACUCUUAUCUGAAAUUAAGAAAAUGUCCCAAGGUGCUGUUACUGCUGGCACACCAUCAGCUCUACAAAAUGGAUUCAACAAAAUUUUCAUACAACGAGAUUAUAGUGAAGGUACUGCUGUUAAAUUUCAUACUAGAUUACCCAGUGAAUUGGAAGGUUUGAUUGAACGACAUGUCUUUGAGUCUACAAUAAAUAGACUAAAUGAAUUUUUUGCGGAGGCCGAAAAAGGUUCAUGCAGUACCUAUUGCGAGGGCUGUAUUGGUUGUAUCACGGCAUAUUUGGUUUAUAUGUGCUCGGAAACGCACUAUGAAAAAACUCUGCGUAAAAUAUCUAAAUAUAUAGCUUCCCAAAAUGAACGCAUUUAUCAUCCAAAAGGUUUACAAAUUAUUGAUCCUACCUAUCGUGGUUUACGUGUUAUAGAAAUAACAAUUUUAGAUCGUCCCGGACGAACGUGACUUCCGCUUUCACACUCAACCGAAGAGUUUUUUAUGUAAUACUUAAACAAAACGAAAUAGUUAAACAAUGGAUCUUUAUUUUCAACUAAGUUUAAUUUAAAGGUGUUAUUUUAAAUAUUUUCUUAAGAAAUAUUUCUUUGUUUGUUUAGUUAUCAGGUAAUUUUGAAUUUUUUCAUUUAUAAUUCAGCUGAAUUUUAAUAUGGUUUGUUUUCUUUUUAAAGUUAGGUAUUUCAUUUAGAAUUUCUUUAAUAUUUUCCUUAUCUAGUAAAUUAUGAAAAUUUUUGUCUAUUAAAUUGUAUUGUCUUGAACUUCAUAAUUUUAUCGUACUAGAACAAAGUUAAUCAUUUUAUUCUUCUCCAGUACUUGCCAGGAUUUUCAGUAAAUCAUUUAAGUAUUCAUUCUAACAAAUCCUGUAAAUCUGGCUAGUACUUAAGCAAACCAAUUGCAAACAAAAAGUUUGAUAGAAAAAUUAAGUUUUAAAUGAAACAGCAAAGAAUAAAAAGAAAAUAUUUUGAAGCAUGCAACUUUUAUCAUUAAAAUAAAAAUAAAAUUAACAAAUGACAAAGUCAACUUUUUAAGAAAACUUUAAAAUAAUCACAUAAUAAUUAAAAUCCCUUGAAAUAAAAAAUCCAUUUGAAAUAUUGAUAAAAAAAAAUCCUUAUUUUCAUAGAAAUGUAAGUUUAAAUUUAAGCUUUUUGGUAAAACCUAUAAAUAAAUAUGCAUUUUUUCAUCCCAAAAAUAAAUAUGUACACCUAAAAAAGUUAAAAUAAAUCUAUAGUUGUAUUAGUUUAAUAAUUAAUUUAUUAGUUCAUAUUACAAAUUAUAUGUAUGUAAAACUUAACACAAUAACAUUCAUUUCCUUAAAAUAAACAUCGCAGUGAAAUAAUUGUAAAAACAAUACAACGUGCUAAAUAAAAACAUCAUCAACAACAUCAUCUCAAUAAAAUAUAUUUAUUCAUUUUUUGUAUUAAUUUCUUCUAAAUUUAACAAACAACAAUAUAAAAUAUUGUAAUAGUAAUGAUAAUCUAGAUGUUAUAAGCUCUAAACAAAUUACAUUAGAAUUGUCUAUAAAAAAACUAUAGAAAACUAUAUUCAAAGGUUUUACCAAAAAAAGUCAUAAAGCUGGUAAAAUAUUUUGGGUAAUAGUGAAUUAUGUGUAAUAACCGAAAUAUAAAAAGUUUGUGAAAUGAUUUAAAAACUAAAAUAGUAUUAAAUAAGAACUUAUUACAAAUCGUAAACAUAAACAGAAAACCAACCAUAGUCAGUAGAAUGAAUGAAUAAAAUAUUUAUUAAACAAUUAAUGUGUUA